GCGUCCAAAAAGAGCAUUACCACAGUACUACGUCACUUCCCGUUUAAAGAUGGCAGCGCCCUGACAAAUGUCACAUUACAUCUUUCGGUUAAAAAAACAGAUUUAAAACAAAUUAUCACACAAGCGAAGCUGCCAACAGACUGCAGGCGACAUUUUCACCCUUUCCCCUCCUAAAUUGUUUCACCCUCUUGGAGGGGACUUUCAGCGGACAAUAUGGUACAUUUAUCAUCGCUCCUCCUCAAGAAAUACCACGGCGGUUACGUUGUCAUCCGACUGGCUAUGGCUGGACACAAACAAGCUAACAGACCGUUUUAUCGCAUCGUAGCGGCUCACAACAAACGAGCUCGAGACAGUAAAUACAUAGAGCAGCUGGGAACCUACGACCCCCUACCCAACAUCUACAACGAGAAACUCGUCAGCUUCAACUUCGACCGGAUCAAGUACUGGAUCGGCUGUGGAGCACAUCCAACAAAACCCGUGGCCAAACUUCUAGGAUUGGCUGGGCUUUUCCCGCUGCAUCCCAUGACGAUCACGGAUGCGGAGCGGCGAAGAGCCCAGGCAGAGCUGAGUGCAGCCGCAGGAGCCGAGUCGGAGGAGCAGACGGAGAAGCCUGCAGAAGUCUGAAGUCUGUGAAGCAUCAGAGAUGCUGCUGAUGCUUGAAGACAACGUUAUUAUUCAACUUUAUGCUGAUGUUACUUCAGUUUUCUUAUUUGAGCCUUUUAGCAACCAGUUUGCUAAAAAAAAAAACAUCAAAUAUUUAAUGUACAAAUAAUAAACUCACAAUUGUCUGUUUUGGUAUCUGGUUCUGUACGGAACAGGACUCUGUGAACCGGAAACGUUCCUGGAUGCAAUAAACUUUUUU